GGGAAGGAGCGCCGCGCUAGUUCAAAUGCGCUCUCAAAAUGUAUCUAGAUGUAACGCCCGGCGCUCUCGGACGGGGGGGAAAGCAGCCCUUAUUGCUUGGGGUUCGGACGCGGCUGCCGAUCUGACCCCAUCACGGUGACCUCCGGUGGGGCGGCUGCUGCAGGGCGGAAAAGCGCGGCGCGCGGCGACGCCCCGGCGCCGCAUUCUCCGGAAACAGCCAGGGCGCACGCGCGGCCGGGAGCGGCGCGUUUGAGCGCGACGCCCGGCCCGCGCGCGCUGCGGCACUCGCUAGUGACGCAGAAAGUCUCAUCUUGACCAGCGGUCGCUCGGAUAUAGCCUGCAGCGCUCCGCGCGCGGCGCCGGCGACGCUCCGUCAAAGAUGAAGGUCAAGGGCCACCCCUACGGCCCGCCGGCGGACAUGGACCCGGAGACGGCCAUCUGCAUGCGCAAGAUCUUCGAGGCGCUCGAGGAUGCUAGACUAAGGCUCGACUCCGACACCUCAAAUCUCGAACAUCUAAGGGCAGCAAAACAAAAGGAGCGGAACGAGCUCAUGAAGUCCGGCGUGACCGUGUACGACGGGCCCUUCGAGGUCGACGAGGCCAUGCUGCUCCGACCGGAGUUCGUCGUCCGACACUUACUAACGACGGCCGACAUUCCCGAGCCGGAAACGAUCGACACGACGACAAAGAAGAAGAAGACGACCAAGAAGAAGAAGAAAAAGAAGAAGAAGCGCAAGAAGAAGAAGGAGAAGGACCCGGACGUCCAGGAGAAGGUCAUCGGCUUUCCGGACGGCAAGGAGGGCUGCGAGCUGUUCGUGGGCGAGAAGGCGUCGGCCUACGAACUUAGGGAGAAGGGCGAGGCCACGGGCGACGUGCGCGUCGUACUGGGCAAGAUCACGACGGACGUGGCGACGGAGACCUACGAGAAGACGGGCUACGGGCCCGUCGACGACCUUGAAUGGGACGAAAAGGCGGCGCUCGGCGCCUUACUCUGUAACCUCGCGGCGGACGAGGGCGUGAACAUCCUGAACAAGCCGCCGCCGCCCUUCCCGGCGGGCGAGGCCGUGCAUGACGUGCGACCAACGAGCGCGGAGGCGAUCCGGAUCCUGCAGGAGCUCGACGGGGAGGUAUAGCGGCCCCAAAACGGGAGUCGUGUUCGCGGCGGCGCGGCUCGUGCUUAAGAGAAUUUAGUCGU